GAAAUGUCAUUUAAAGGUUAGAGCGUGGAGUUGAGAUCCACAAUAAAUGGCAAUGCUGAAGAAAUUAAUAAAAAAGGAAAACUCAACAUUUAAUUAUUAUAACAAUUAUAAAUUAUUAUCAAUUAUUUUACGUUUAUUAAGUACAUGCUUGUGUGAAAAAACUUUUUAAUAUCGGUUAACCACUUGUAGUAAUGUAAAGCGCUUUGACGCUGUAUAAAAACACAAAUAUCAAUACAAAGGCAAUGCAAAUAAAUUAAUACGGAAUGCGAUUCGACUUCACCACCAUCGUCAUAAUUGUGCUGCAACAAAUAAAUCGAAUUUUUACGCAAAGCAUACCCAUCAGUCCGUGCCCGAAAGUCUUUCAAUAUCGCUUCGAUGGCGCGGAGUGGUUUGGCAUACUCUCUGUGCGUAAUACAGACCUCGCGGAAGCGCUGCAAAUUAAAGUGACACUCUCCAUGCGUGGCAAGCCAACGACGAGUUACCUAGGAGAAAUUGAAUUGCUUUCGCGCGGCCAAUUUCACAGCAAUGCGCCUGUCCUGUACAAAAUCAAAUUUCCUAAAACACAUUUUCCACCGAAACUUCUGCACGUAGCCGCAAACAAUCAUGUCAUUUGUGUGGGUCAAUCAGAUCAUAGUAUAUUCGUCACACAGAUUCAGCUGGAACACACAAGAAAAUUCACAUUCAUCGGUGAUGAUGAGGCGUCAGACACACUGCCGGAACACGCACAGUUCUCCGCUACGGUGAUGGAGGAUGAAGAGGAAGAUGAUGAUGACAUUGACUUCUUGUCAACCGAUACGAAAUUUAGUGCAGAACAGUUGCCGAUUGCACAUGGAGAAAUUAAGCUGAAACACACCGCAUUAAACAGCAUUUGCGGGAAAACUAAUCUACAUCUACAUUCCCGAGUAUCGACAUCGCCGCUUACUGUACUAGCAGCAAACGCCGGCAACGCUAAAGCUUUAACUCCAACCACAACUGCAGAGCGAUCCUUACGAAAAUCCGGCAGUUAUUCAACAGAAACUCAAGCCACUGCAGUGAAUAAACACACUGACAGAUCGGGCACACCACUAGUAAUAUCCAGUGAUGAGCUUCCUAUGCUAUUACCAAAUACGCCCGUCCGCAUUGUAAGCGGUACGGAAUUUGGCGACCUCAAAGGCGCUACGGCGGGCGUUACGCCACCGCCAGUGUUGACGCGUGGCGCCUGGCCGUGGUUGGCUGCAAUUUACGUGAACAAUUUGACAUCGCUUGCUUAUCAGUGUGCUGGCACUUUGGUGUCCACACAUGUGGUUGUAAGUUCGGCGCAUUGUUUCCACAUACAAAGGCAACACUACAAGGCCAAUGAGGUGCUGGUAUUUCUAGGUAGGCAUAACUUACGAAACUGGAAUGAGGAGCAUUCCAUAGCAGCACCGGUGAGCGAAAUUUUCCUACAUCCCGAAUAUGACGCCACACUGGGCACGUAUGAUGCGGAUAUAGCGGUGUUGGUGUUGAAGAUUCAAGUGCGGUUUAACACCUACAUUCUGCCGGCUUGCCUAUGGAGUGGUGACAGUCAACUUGAGAGCAUAGUUGGCGAGCGUGGCUUUAUUGUGGGUUGGGGCUACUCGCACAUACACGGCGGUGUUCCAUUGGCGGAUAGCAGGCCCACAAUAGCCGCAGUUCCACAUGUGACCGAAGCACCAAUUGUGUCAAACGAAGUGUGUUUUGCGUCAAACUCCAAAAUACGCAGCUUAACUUCUAAUCGCACUUUCUGUGCCGGUUUACUAACGACAUCGUCAUCUGCAACUGCCAGUGCUGUUGGACCUUGCACAGGGGAUUCUGGUGCCGGACUAUUGUUGCAAAGGAACAAUCGUUGGAUGUUACGUGGCACGGUUUCGGCCGCCCUUCCCUCGGAGCAAAACAAAUGCAUCGGCAAUCAAUAUGCCAUAUAUGCCGAUAUAGCGCAGUAUUUAGAUUGGAUCAUGGCAUUUACUCUUUAGUGAUGGCAAAGUAUUUGACUGGUUUGCAACAUUAUGCGAGUUCUAACGCAAUAUUUACAUGAUUUUAUUUAAUUGUAGUCCAAGUUUUAUGUUUAGUGAAUUUGUGAUUUUUUAAUUCAUCGCUAAUAUUAUCAAAUUAUUUGUUAUUUAUUACCAGCUCUCUAGUUGACUGCCGAUCUUAAUUAUACGAAACAAAUAAUAUUCACCUUUAGAUAUGUAAAUCGCAAAGGAAUGGAAUUACACGACUAAAUGCUUUGAAGCAAAGAAAACCAUAAAAACGAGUAUUGAACCUGUGAGGGUGUUCAAAUUUCUCCACUAGAAGACUGAUCAUAUUUAAUAUUAUAUUAGUUCGAUUUAAAUGAAGUGUAGGUAGUUAGUUAGUUUAGGAAUAUUCCAGCAUGGAGAGCACACAAGUUCUUAUCUUAGUAAAAUCACAAUUAAAUGUUCACUAAAAAUGGCACUCACCAUAUCGUAAACCUAUUUCAUUAAUGUAUUAUAUACUAUACAUAAACAAAUUUAGGUAUACAUUUUUUAACAUUUUUACAUUAAGCGCCACUUACUACAUCGGAGGUCACGAUAGACAAAACGACAAUACACUCUUCUUAUUAAUAUAUCACUAGCUCGAGUUUGUGGAAAUUAAAUGGCAUUCUCAUCUACCAUAUACAUUAUUACUGAACCAAUUGAGGGUUUUAGAAGGUGUUGGUUCUUUUUCUGAUCUCUUAUAACUAAUAUUCUACAUACAUAUAUAUAUAUAAUAGUUUUAGAAAUAAAAUAUUUAG